UUUCAUACUUUGAUAUUAUCUGUCAAUUAUAACUGUCACAAUUUAAAGUUUUCCGUAUUUUUUUAAUAAAAAACAAGCUUAAACCACCACCAAAAUGGGUUUCCUGACAGUACUAAAGAAAAUGAAGCAAAAAGAGAAAGAAAUGCGCAUCUUAAUGCUAGGACUAGACAACGCCGGAAAAACAACAAUACUCAAACGCUUCAACGGUGAACCCAUUGACACAAUUUCGCCCACUUUGGGGUUCAAUAUUAAAACACUGGAGCACCGGGGCUUCACUUUAAACCUCUGGGACGUCGGCGGCCAGAAAUCUCUGCGCUCGUACUGGAGAAAUUAUUUCGAAUGCACAGAUGGUCUGAUUUGGGUGGUUGACAGUGCCGAUAAAAGGAGGCUGGAGGACUGCAGGGCCGAGUUACACGUUCUGUUGCAGGAAGAGAGGUUAGCUGGGGCCACUCUUCUCGUGUUUGCCAAUAAGCAAGAUUUGCCAGGGGCGUGCACCCCAGAAGAGUUAAAGGAAAUUUUGGAGUUGGACCAGAUUAGGACCCAUCACUGGCAGAUCGCGAAGUGUAGCGCGGUCACAGGGGAGAAUUUGUUGAAGGGGAUGGAUUGGUUGAUUGACGAUAUUGCGGCGAGAAUUUUUACUUUGGAUUAAUUUAUAUUUAUUAAAUUUUUUUUUUAUACAA